AUGUGCGGACCACGGAUAGAUUCGUCCUACCAAACAGUGAUUCAUCCGUCCAAGUCAACAAACAAUGCCAUUGCUGGACCUACUUACCUGGCCGGAAAGUACCACCAGGUGGCCAGCCACGGCACCGGAUUCCUUGGGAGGCACACGCUCAAUCGCCCGGGCAUAUCCGUCUUCGUGCUUGUGCUCACUCGUAUUCGUGGCCACCACAUCGUACCCUCAUUGUUCGCUGAUGCAUGGCACGCACACAAGCUCAUCCAACCAGAAGCAGAGGACGAGCUCGCUGCCGAGGUUUUUCCCCGGGGCUUCUCGCCCUUGCCUGGCAACCGACUCGCGAGGCGCGCCGCAAGCCAAGCUUGGCCUGGUAGCCUUGUCCCCGUGGCGUACUCGCCCACCGCAACAUUCCAACCGCGCUGUUGUGUUGGACAGCCACCCGUACCUGUCUCUGAACCAGAGGGGACUCGACCUGCACGUCAUCGUCUCGUGUCCAACGAGAACGACGAAAACAGCUCGACGCGUAUGACCCGAGCCAAGGCGGCCGCCGCUCUCAACGCCGACGAGAUGGCCAUGCCCACCAAGGGUGCUCUGCAACCGAAGAAGUCGGCCCACAACGUCGGCGGCCCGCGGAAGCGUGCCGCUCUCGGCGAUGUCAGCAACGUCGGCAAGGUCGACGUGAUUGACGGCAAGAAGCCCGCCGGCAAGCCCGGCCUGGUCUCCAAGGCAGCUCACCCCACGGGCGUCCAGAAGAACACGGUGCGGCCGACGAGCCGCGCGCCCUUGGGCAGCAAGCCUGCCAAUGCGGCGGCGGACAGCAAGAGGGCCGGGUCGGGCGCCGGCGGCAUCGCGGCACCCAAGCGAAAGGUCGCCGCCGCCGCGUCGGCUGCCGUCGCCAAGGACGAGACGGCCGUGGAGGAAGCCGAGCCGCUUCGCAAAAAGGUCCACACAGCUGCCGAGGAAAAGCGAGGCCGACCCGAGGUCAGGGUCGAGGAGAAGGUCAAGGCGGCGGCGGUGGCGGCGCCCAAGGUUGACGAUGCCAAGUGUGCAACGAGCCUCGAGGAUGACCUCAAGGAUCUCGACCAAGAGGACCUCGACGACCCUCUGAUGGUUGCCGAGUACGCCAACGAGAUUUUCGAGUACCUCCACGACCUCGAAGUCAAAUCGAUCCCCAACCCGCAGUACAUGUCUCAUCAGGACGACCUGGAGUGGAGGACGCGCGGCAUCCUCGUCGACUGGCUCAUCGAGGUUCACACCCGCUUUCAUCUGUUGCCCGAAACGCUCUUCCUCGCCGUCAACAUCAUCGAUCGGUUUCUGUCCGAGAAGGUGGUGCAGCUUGACCGCCUCCAGCUCGUCGGCAUCACGGCCAUGUUCAUCGCUUCCAAGUACGAGGAAGUUCUGUCGCCCCAUGUCGAAAACUUCAAGCGCAUCACCGACGACGGCUUCAGCGAGGCCGAGAUCCUCGAGGCCGAGCGAUUUCUCCUCACCACCCUCAACUAUGACCUGAGCUAUCCGAACCCCAUGAACUUCCUGCGCCGUGUUUCGAAGGCGGAUAACUAUGACAUCCAGUCUCGAACCAUCGGCAAGUACCUGAUGGAAAUAAGCCUCCUGGACCAUCGCUUCAUGGCGUAUCGGCCAAGCCACUCGGCCGCCGCCGCCAUGUAUCUUGCCCGACUGAUGUUGGACCGCGGCGAAUGGGACAGAACGCUCGCCCACUACGCCGGAUACACGGAAGAGGAGAUCGAGCCCGUCGUCGAGCUCAUGGUCGACUACCUCGCACGCCCGGUCGUGCACGAGGCAUUCUUCAAGAAGUACGCGAGCAAAAAGUUUCUCAAGGCCUCGAUCCUCGCUCGACAAUGGGCCAAGAAGAACGCGCCCCUGUUCGGCAUCACCGACACGGAUCUUUCCCUCGACCAAAUUUCGUGA